AUGUGUCCCACAGGGAAGGAGCUCCCAGCACGGGGAGCCAGAUCGUUUCCUGAGGAGACUGACACAGCUCUGCUUCCAGGGGAGCUGCCAAGUGAAGCUGGGAGCUGCUGGCAGGUGAGAGACUCCCCAGGCUCUGCAUGGAUGGGAAUGGGGAGACCUGCCCGCAGUAGGAGCCCAGGGCAGCUGAAAAACUCCAGCCUCUUCCUCCAAGGUUUCCUGCUCCUUUUCCUCUGCAGGCAUGUCUCUUCCCAGUGCAAGAUCCUACGCUGCAACUCGGAGUACGUGGCAGCGACGCUGCACCUGCGCGGCCCCGACCGUGGCAGCGCGUUCUGCACCGCGCUGCGCUCCUACUCCCUGUGCACCCGGCGCACCGCCCGCACCUGCCGCGGGGACCUGGCCUUCCACUCCGCUGUGCACGGCAUUGAGGACCUCAUGAUCCAGAACAACUGCUCCAAGGAGGGGCCCACAGCCCCGCCACGGCCCCGGCCCCCCGCCCCGAACCCCCAUGGCUUCGAGUUUCUUGACAUCUGCGAUUACGAGCAGAGUUUCCUCUACAAGCACGGCCGCCCUCCUGGUUUCCAGCACUGUGCUGCCUUUGGGGACCCCCACAUCCGCACCUUCCACGACGACUUCCACACGUGCCGGGUGGAGGGCUCCUGGCCGCUUUUGGACAACAACUACCUGUUUGUGCAAGCCACCAGUUCACCAGUGGCCAAGGGGUCCAAUGCAACAGUCACCAGCAAGCUGACCAUCAUAUUCAAGAACAUGAAGGAAUGCAUUGACCAGAAGGUCUACCAGGCCGAGCUGGACAAUGUCCCGGCGGCCUUCCAGGAUGGCUCCGUCAAUGGGGGCGCACGUCCAGGUGGGAGCAGCCUGGUGAUCCGGGAGCGCAGCCCCGGCCGGCACGUGGAGAUCCGCGCCAGCUACAUCGGCACCACCAUUGCCGUGCGCCAGGCCGGCCGCCAGCUGUCCUUCUCCAUCCGUGCUGCUGAGGAGGUGGCCCGGGCCUUCACCGAGGAGCAGGACCUGCAGCUGUGCGUGGGAGGCUGCCCCCACAGCCAGCGCAUGUCCCGCAGCCCCCGCGGGCCUGGCCGCGUCCCUGCUGACACGGCCCGAGCGCUCUGCCGGGAGAUGCUGCCCGUGGAGGAUGUCUACUUCCAGUCGUGCGUCUUCGACGUGGUGACCUCCGGGGAUACCAACUUCACCAUGGCGGCGCGUGGGGCGCUGGAGGAUGCCCGGCUCUUCCUGCCCGAUGCUGAGAAGCUUCACAUCUUCCAAGCUGGGGGGGGCUGCCCACUCACCUCUCCAUCCUCUCUCCUCCUCCUCUUCCUCCUCCCCUGUGGACUUUGGGCUGUUUUGUUGCACUUUUAA